CCAGGAAUACAUUAUAAUCCACCGAGAUCCGCAAUAGGUAAGAGAUGACACUGGAACCACAAGGACAUGGGAAACGGAACGGUAGAGGGCGAUAUUAACGUCACCUAUUGCACAAUUGACCACACCAUACACCAAACACUGUUCCCCAUCGUGUAUUUGACCGUGCUCGUCAUUGGUCUACCGGCAAACUGCUUGUCCUUGUACUACGGUUACCUGCAGAUCAAAGCCAAGAACGAACUGGGAAUAUACUUAGUCAACCUAACCCUGGCUGACCUCCUCUACAUCUUCUCCUUGCCCUUCUGGCUCCAAUAUGUCCUCCAGCAUGACAACUGGACCUAUAACGAGACCAUGUGCAAAAUCUGCGGCAUUCUCCUCUACGAGAACAUAUAUAUCAGCAUUGCCUUCUUGUGCUGCAUCUCCAUGGACCGAUACCUGGCCUUAGUGCAUCCUUUCAGGUUCCACAAACUGCGGACGAUGAAAGCGGCCAUUUUAGUCAGCGCGGUCAUUUGGGUGAAGGAACUUUUGACCAGUUACAUCUUCUUUGAGCAUGGGGAGGUCAGCAAGGACCCAGACAGCCAUAUAGUCUGUUUCGAACAUUACCCCAUCAAAAACUGGGAGCACAGCAUUAAUUAUUAUCGGUUCUUUGCCGGUUUCCUCUUCCCAAUCUUCUUGCUCUUGUUUUCUUACUGUAGAAUAUUUAAGGUGGUUCAAAAGAGCCAAGGCACGCAGUCCAGGAAGAAACUCCAAAUCAAGCAGCUGGUCCUCAGCACGGUGAUGAUUUUCUUGAUCUGCUUCGGUCCCUACCACAUCCUGGUGGUCGUCCGGAGUCUCUUUGAGAAAACCUGUUCCUUUGCUUCAAAAAUUUUCAACACCUACCACUUCUCGCUUCUUCUCACCAGCUUCAACUGCGUGGCGGAUCCCAUGCUCUACUGUUUUGCCAGUGAGAACACCUACAAGGACUUUGUGAGGGUCAAAGACUGGUGCCUUUCCUGCAGCAGCUGUUCGAAGGUCAGCAGCAAUGAGGCCUACGAGCUGAACUUCACGGAUGUAUCCAGCGCAGAGGCUGGCAGGGUCAAACGGUUUGCAGUGGAAAACGAGACGUCUACCUUGUGCAAAAAGAAAACUAGUGUUGGAAAUGAAACAGAAACAUCUGCUGUCCCUCCAUUAUAGCAGGACCAGACGAGACA